UUGUAUAUAUAUUCUGUUUUCUUCUUCCCUAAUCCAUUUUUCUUCUGAAUGACGAAGCUUUUUAGCUAAAAGCAAAUUGAGAACCACUUUUCUCUCUUAACAAGAAAACUUUUUCUUCAUUUUCAAUUUCUGGGUUUGAGGGAUUUUGUUUGUUUAGCUUGAAAUUUGGUGAAAGAUUCAAUUUUUAUUUUUUCCAUGGCUGAGGUUCUGAGCAAAACAAAUCUGGUUUCAUCAUGGCAUCAGAAUCACCACCACCACCAUCAUCAUCAUGAGAAGAAAUUAGGAACUUUUUGUUCUCUGAAACUCAAUUCAACCUGUGAUUUUCAUGGAAAAAGAAUUUCUCUUCAGAAAAGUGCAACCUUUCCCAGAAGAGGAACAACUUUUCAGUCCCAAUCAUUAACUAUAAAAGCCCAGACUCUUAGAAUUGGGAAAGCUCAGAAAUGGUGGGAGAAAGGGGUUCAGCCAAACAUGAAGGAGGUUGAAUCUGCUGAAGACUUGGUUGAAUCCCUUUCAAAAGCUGGGGAUAAGCUUGUUAUUGUUGAUUUCUUUUCUCCUGGUUGUGGUGGUUGCAGAGCUCUUCAUCCCAAGAUAUGUCAAAUGGCUGAGAUGAACCCAGAUGUUCAAUUUCUUCAGAUCAAUUAUGAAGAACACAAAUCCAUGUGUUAUAGUCUUAAUGUUCAUGUUUUACCCUUCUUUAGGUUUUACAGAGGAGCUCAUGGCCGUUUAUGCAGCUUUAGUUGUACUAAUGCCACUAUCAAGAAAUUCAAAGAUGCAUUAGCAAAACACACCACCGAUCGAUGCAGCAUCGGGCCAGUAAAAGGGCUAGAAGAGAAAGAGCUCUUAGCUCUUGCUGCUAACAAAGAUCUUUCAUUCAACUACACACCAAAGGAAGAGGAAGAGAAGAAAGAGCCUAUUCAUACCGAAAAACACCUAGUUGUUGUAACAGAAGAAGCAAACUCAUCAUCUUCGAGCAAAGAACAUGUUCUUCCAAGAACAUCAAUCCUUGCUCAAGAUUCUAUUGCUGAGGAGAAAACAACAUUGGCUGGUGCCACCGCCGGGAGAUGAUGCACUAAUUUUUCGCCGUCCCCGGGAGAUGAUGAUGUACAGUUUGGUUUAUACUUUUUUUCAUUACCAUCAUGUAUUAUUAUCCACCAACCAUCCAUUUUAGAUAUGUCAAAAAAAUUUGACAGCCAAAGAAAUCAACUGUACUUGAAUAAUGUCCCAACCCCAAGAAGUUGUUUAUGGUUUUUUUUAGGCCUUUGGAUUUAUUUUUUUGGAUCCAAGGCAAGGCCUUAGUAGUUUUUUUUUUCUAUUUAUUAUUAUUAUUAUUUGGUAAUAUAUUUAAGAAGAGCAAAGCAAAUGAUGUUUUGUUUUUUGUUGAUUUGCUCUUUUAUGUUUGUGGAGGGAAAAAAACUCACUCACAUUCUGUUUUUGUGAUUGUAAAAAGCUUUGUUCUUCAUCUCUUCUCAUGUAGAAGAUAUAUAUAAAUAGUACAUAACAAUAAUUGUAUUCU